UAUAAUUCUCUCAGAGAUUUAGGAAGAAUUAUACAAACUUUAAUUGGUAGUAAUGGAUUUCUUCUCUGCGUUUAGAUCAUAUUCAUGUUAUUGAAAUUCACAGUAUUGUCAUCGUCAGGAAACUAGAGCCAGUAUGAUUUAAAGAAAAACUUGCUUCGCCUGAAAAUAAGCGAACAGUUUUUCUUUGGUCUAAAACUGAUUCGUGGCUAAUAAGUUUCAUUGAAAGCAAUGGUUUAUGCCAUGGCUGAGACAAAAUCAGGUCCUUUGUCGCCGAAGAAGCCAGUGAAAGAGAAAAUUGUGGGAAUCUACGAUGACUUUUUUAAGGGAGGUGAGCCAUCUCGUGAUAAUCCAAAUUUCUGGCAUGAAUUUUUUCUUUUGAGGGUUAAUGCCAUCUACCUUGAAAAGUGUAUCGACAAACUUAGUGAAGAGGAACUUAUGGAUAUCAAGGAGAACAUCAACCUUCUGUUCGCCCAGUGCUGUAUUGCUUUACGAGGAGAUCACCAAAUAAAACUAGUCAAUGCUCUUCAGACACUGUGUGCACUUGUGCGAGCAGUUUACAGAAAGAGAUUAGGAGACCAUGGAUUUGACAUAAUAAACAUUUUGAUUGGAUUUGAUGCUGCUGAAGCUCAGAUGCAGGGACUACUGGAAAGUUUGCAUACGUUUCUCGUUGGUGAUUAUCCUGUGAGCUUAAAGAAUCUGUCUCUUAAAUUGGCUCUUAUCCUUGUAACAGCAACAGACAAUGUUAGUCAGAACACAAUUGUGGAGUAUAUUAUGAUCAACAGCAUCUUUGAAGCUGUUAUUCAGGUUCUUGCUGAUCCGGUGGCCAGACAGCAACAUGGAUAUGAAGCAAUGCUGCUGCUGACAAUUCUGGUGAAUUACAGGAAGUAUGAGGCCUCAAAUCCAUAUAUUGGGAAGUUAUCCAUUUUGGAUGAUGAAUUAGCUCUUAAUGGUUUUGGAUGUGUUAUAUCAGCCGCACUUACCGAUUACAACAGGAAACAUGCAGCCAUGUUAGAGCAGGCCUCGGGAGGAUUAAUCAGCUCCAUUACCAGCUUUGUUGGAAGCAUGUUUGUUGCUGAGACAGAACGAGCGGAAUGUUUCAGCACAAAUGAAGCAGUCCUUUUAGCUCUGUAUGAAGCGGUGCACCUCAACAGAAAUUUCUUCACUGUUCUUAGUCAUGUUACGACCGCUCCUGGAUCAAGUCCUCCUCCAUCACCGACAGCCGCUCCUCCUGUGGUUGAAAGGACUGCCACCGCCGCUGUCGUUGAAGACUUUCCACCCGACUUGAGUCAGCCCACGAAUUUACUCGUAACCCUCUUAACAUAUUCCUCCAUUGCUCUACAGAAUACAAAAGAUGACAAAGGAGUAAGCAAUGCCAAGCUGUGUCUGGUGAUUUUAACAUGUAUUGUGGAGGAUCAGUAUGCGAAUGUUUUUCUUCACGACGCGAACAUGACGUUCUCAGUACCACUUCACAGAGCGCAAAUGUACCACAGAGGCCCAGUUAUCGAAAAGAACGCUCCUUCAAGACCUCUCGCGUGUGCGUUACUUGACCUCAUGGUGGAAUAUAUUGUAACUCACAUGAUGAAAACUUUACCAAUUGACUUGUACAGUAAAACAUUUGGAAUCUUGCAUCGUAUGCUGUGUUACCAGAAGAGAUGUCGAGUGAGACUCUCCUAUUCGUGGAAAAAUUUCUGGACGGCCCUAAUGAACUUCCUAAAGUUCCUUCUGUCCAAUGAAACGGUCCUCACCAAAACCUGUGAUAUCUUCUCCCUGGCAUCGCAAGUCGUUAACAUUUUUAAUUUGUUCAUCACGUAUGGAGAUACAUUUCUUCCUUCUCCGACAUCAUACGAUGAACUCUACUACGAAAUCAUUCGCGUUCAUCAAAUUUUUGACAAUCUUUAUUCUAUGGCGUUAAGACACUCAACAAAUGGUGGCGACUGGAAGGAUGCGGCUUCUCGUCUGGCGAGCUCUUUAGUGAAUGUCAGGGCAAUCAUAAACCAUUUUACGCCAAAAAUCGAUUCAUGGGCAGCUGUCAAUCACCUGACGUCAAUGACUUCGGAACAGGUAUUGGGCGUAAUACGUAGUAAUUAUGACACUUUGACGCUAAAACUCCAGGACAAUUUGGAUCAUUACGAAAAAUAUUCAGAGAAACCGAAAGAGGCGGCUUUCUUUACUCAACUGGUACGUUCAAUUGUUGUUGAAGUUCGCCGGACAAUUUCCGUCAGUAACCUCGAGCAGUUUAGUUUACUACAAGAAUUUGCGACCAUACACUGAAAUGUGUUUGCUACUAGACCUGCUGCAGCAAAUGGACUGGACGAAGCAAUCUCCGUUUAUAUCGAGAAUUUGCGUCAAAGAGAUAUACAGACCUUAUUUAAUGCUCUUUGGCUUCGAAGUGGUUUUAUAAGAUGGUCUUUAGUGGAAAAUAAAACCGGGGUAUAGUAAA